ACCGGGGAGUGGCCAUUCACCUGCUCAGAAUGUGGGAAGGGAUUCACUCAGUCAUCCCACCUACGGAGCCACCAGCAAAUUCACACUGGGGAGAAGCCGUUCACCUGCUCAGUCUGUGGGAAGAGAUUCACUUACUCUUCCACCCUACUGGUACAUCAGCGAGUUCACACUGGGGAGAAGCCGUUCACCUGCUCAGAAUGUGGGAAGAGAUUCACUCAGUCAUCCCACCUACAGAGUCAUCAGCGAGUUCACACUGGGGAGAAGCCGUUCACCUGCUCAGAAUGUGGGAAGGGAUUCGCUGAGUUAUUCGACCUACAGACUCAUCAGCGAGUUCACACUGGGGAGAAGCCGUUCACCUGCUCAGUCUGUGGGAAAGGAUUCACUCAGUCAUCCAACCUACAGAGCCAUCAGCGAGUUCACACUGGGGAGAAGCCAUUCACCUGCUCAGUCUGUGGGAAGAGAUUCACUCGGUCAUCCCACUUACAGAGUCAUCAGCGAGUUCACACUGGGGAGAAGCCGUUCACCUGCUCAGUAUGUGGGAGGAGAUUCACUCGGUCAUGCAACCUGCAGAGUCAUCAGAGACUUCACACUGGGGAGAAGCCAUUUCCCUGCUCAGUAUGUGGGAAUAGAUUCACUCGGUCAUCCCACCUACAGAUUCAUCAGCGAGUUCACACUGGGGAGAAGCCGUUCACCUGCUCAGUAUGUGGGAAGGGAUUCACUCAGUCAUCCAACCUACAGAUUCAUCAGCGAGUUCACACUGGAGAGAAGCCGUUCACCUGCUCAGUCUGUGAGAAGAGAUUCACUCACUCUUCUGCCCUAAUGGUACAUCAGCGAGUUCACACUGGGGAGAAGCCGUUCACCUGCUCAGAAUGUGGGAAGGAAUUCACUCAAUCAUCCACCCUGCAGAGUCAUCAGCGAGUUCACACUGGGGAGAAACCAUUCACCUGCUUAGAAGUGGGAAGGGAUUCACUCAGUCAUCCAACCUACUGGCACACCAGUCAGUUCACAAUGAGGAGUGGCCGUUGUUAUGAAUCCCUAGAUUUCGUUUGCUGUGGACUGUCAUUUUGAGAGAGAGAGAGAGAUUAAGGCAAAUCAGUCUGACUUGCAGCUUGUUUACAUCGCUCGCUGCUUGUUUAGUUUUAACCGAGGACACAGACACUCAGAGUCAGAUGGAGAUAAAGGAGGAAAAAUGGAAGGUUCAAAACAAGGGAACUAGUAGCCAAGGGUCACUGUUCAGAACUUUCCUCUGCCCACAAGGGUGGGUUAAUUAAUUCAGCGAACAUCGAAUGUGUGGUUGUCACUUCAUUUGAUCCAUUGGAGUGGAUCGGAUUUGGGGUAUCCUGUGAAGAACACUUAUGUGUUAACCCUUGCUUGGGUUUCAAGUUUCUUACUUUAUUUGGUUUGCCUAAAGAAAUCCAGUCUGAUCAAGGAAGUAAUUUUACAUCUGGAUUAUUCCAGCAGGUAAUUUAUGAACUGGGAGCGACACAAAUUACAUUGUCUGUGUACCAUCUGAAAUCACAAGGGGCUUUAGAAAGAUUUAAUUCUACCGUCAAAACAAUGAUUAAGACAUACUGUGUUGAAAAUGGACAAGACUGGGAUGAAGGAAUACAUUUGCUUUUGUUCACCAUAAAGGCUGAUUUAUACUUGUGCGUUCGGGAUAUGCCGUAUCCUACACCGUAGGCCUGAUUUAAUUUUUGCGUAGCCCUACGCCGUAGCGAGCAUGCGUAGUUGUGUCUGCAUGGCUAUGCACUUCACCACCAAAACGCAAGUUGGCCGUGGGGUUUCUCUGUCACUGUUGAGUUUCUUCGUGAGAGACAUGGACAAGGAAAUGCAUUUCAAAUAUUUUCUCAUGUCGGCAGGUAGAUUUGACGAUUUGGUUCAUUGUCUCCAACCAUUUAUUUCGCAUCAGUGUACAGACAUGGCAGAGAAAAGCAACCGGAAAUGCGAUGCUACCAAGUGGACCAAUCACAGUUGUUGUGGUCUGCGUCGCCGCGACGCAUGAGUUACUUUUUAGAGGAGGUGCACGUCACCCUACGGCGUAGGGUACGGCGUGGGUACGGCGUAGGGUACGUAGUGCCUAUGGCGUACACUUGACGCACAAGUAUAAAUCAGGCUUAAGAGAGUCGGUACAGGAGUCACUGGGCUUUAGUCCAUUUGAACUUGUAUUUGGUCAUAGAGUGAGGGGACCUUUGACCUUGUUAAAGGAACAGUGGAUUGAGGGGAUGUACAUGUUAACUUGUUAGACUAUGUUUUGAAGUUCAAAAAUAAACUAUACCAAGCCUGUCGUCUAGCGAGACAAAACUUAAAAGAUUUCUCAAAACAAAAUGAAGUGGUGCUUUGAUAAGUGGACCAAAACAAAAGAAAAUACUAGGUGGGGGAUAAUGUGCUUGCCUUAUCUCCAAUGUUAUUAUAUAUCUCUAAUCCGGAGAAGUCAGUUCCUGCUAUUCUAGCUUUGAUGGCUCAAUUUAGUAAUUUUUCUGGCUACAAAUUGAAUCUUAAUAAGAGUGAAUUAUUUCCCCUAAAUAAGCAGGUACCUAUUUAUGGAUGUUUACCAUUUAAAUUGGUUACUGACUCAUUUAUAUAUUUAGGGAUAGUAAUUACGAAAAAGUAUAAAGACUUAUUAAAGCUAAUUUUUCACCUUUAAUUGAUCAGAUUAAACUUUUGUUUACUAAAUGGUCACCAAUUUCUUUGUCUUUGAUUGGUCGGAUUAAUGCUAUUAGGAAAAGGUAAUUUCUUACAAAGAUUGUUCUGUUGAAAGGAUAUUGGUGUGUUCCAUUGACAGACUGAGGUAGAGAAAUUUCUGCAUUUGUUACACCUUCUGGGUUGUAUGAAUACAAUGUUUCACCAUUAGGAAUGAAAUAUGCUCCAGGAACAUUCCAGAGAAUGAUUGAUUCUGUAAUUCAAGGGUUAGGACACACAGAUGCCUAUAUUGAUGACUUAGUCACAGGGAGUGACACUUGGGAAGAGCAUAUCUCUGUAGUAGAAAAGCUGUUUGACAGGCUCUCCUGGGCCAACCUUACAGUUGACUUAGCUAAGAGUGAAUUUGGCCAUGCCUCUGUGAUCUAUCUUGGCUGUGUUGUAGGUCAAGGCAAGUUGGCUCCUGUGCAGGCAAAAUCCAGGCAAUUUCUGAAGUUCCUAUUCAGACUGUGUGACGAAGGCCCGUCACUGAUUACAGACGUCUCAUGGCACACUCGGUAAAACACUCAAAGGGUCAUCCACACUCAUUAUUCCCUCUGUUAUUGUGGUGAGUGCACGCGUCACAAUAAAUCAACAGUCACAAUUUUACACUCAUCCCCAGCAGUAACAGGUAUGAGAAAAAGAAACACACUGUGUCACAGUUUUAUUAUCUCAGGUCAAUUUAUUUAUAUUCAUCUUUCCAGUAAGUGUUUUGCCGAAAUGUCAUGAUAAUCUGACGUCUCUCUCCUCCACAGUCACUGGGUCUGAAACAGAGCUGCUGCAUAGAGCUGUCUUGUACAGAGGCAGCAGCAACCUGCACAGGUGUGCCGAUGGUGGAGGAUACCAUCUUUACCUGGGACAAGGGUUACGUUACCUAAUUACUCAGCUUGUGGUAAAGUUUUGGGGUUUACUUAGGUUAUUUAACCGGGAAAUGGUGAAUCCUAUGAUGAAGUAUAUGUGUUCAUUGUGAAAACUGGUGGUAGAGUUUCAGAUUGUAUGAAAUGGAAGCUAAUUGAGUUAUUUAGCUUUUGGUUAAUCUAGGGGGAUUGGUUUAGCAGUUAUAAACCUCGGGUUACCAAGGCUUUGGGUUGUUCUUUUUCGUUGAGUCUGAGGGUGGCUGUUAACUAGACAGGUGACAAUUGCAAGCUGUAUAUAUAUAUAAAAAAAAAUUUUCUUGUUUUGAUGUGGACAUCCAAGUUUUUGUUUUUCCACUAUUUUUGUAAAUAAAAGCACCUCAAUCUAUUUUUGCAACUCAAGCCAUCUUGUUAUUUUUCUUAGACAGAUGACCCACAGUUUUUGUGACAGACUGGUACGAAGGCUCUUAGAAGGUUUCUGGGAAUGGUUGGAUAUCAUCGUAAGUUCUGUAAGAACUUUGCUGAUAUCGCUCUUCCUCUGACUAAUCUCCUGAAGAAGGGUGAAAAGUUUGUUUGGACCCAGCCUUGUCAGGAAGCAUUUGAUCAACUGAAAGUUAUUAUUUGGGAUUAGGCCAAUCAAUGUAGUGUUGUCAGCAAAUUUAAUUAACAGAUUGGUGCUGUGGGCGGCAACACAAGUCAUGGGUGCACAGAGAGUAAAGGAGGGGGCCAAGGAGACAACCCUGUGGGGCCUGUGUGCUGAGGGUCGGAGAGACAGAGGUGAGGGAGCCCACUCUUACCACCUGCCAGCCAUCUGACAGGAAGUCCGGGAUCCAGCUGCACAAGGCAGGGUGAAGUCCGAGGUCUCUGAGCUUCUUGUCGAUACUUCACGCCUUUGUAUGGCUAAAGCUCUGCCCAUGACUGCAAGGAACUGCAGAGAACUUUGGUCUCAUCUGGAAACAUCAUAGAAACAAGCCUCCCCUCUAUGGACUCUUCCUACACUUCCCCUGCCUCGGGAAAGCAGGCCGUGUACUCAAAGAUGCCCACAACUUUGGACAUUAUUGCUGCAAACCCAAUCCCCCAUCGGGGAAGAGAUACAAAAGCCUUAAAGCGCAUACCACCAGGCUCAUGGACAGCUUCCUGUCUGCGGUUGUAAGCCAAAUUAAUGGUCUCCAGUCCAAUAAAAUGGACUCGACCUCACAAUGUAACUCGACGUGACUCUGCCCCAUAUGUCUAUCUGCUCUGCACUUUCUCUGCAGCCAUAAUGCUUUGUUACAGUUAUUGUUUUGUCGUAUAUCAGCUCAAUGUACUGUUGUAAUGUAUUGAUCUGUGUGGAUGGUAGGUCGGGCAAGAUUUUCACUGUAGCUCAGUACGUGAUAAAAAUAAACAAAUUCCGCAUUUUAAUUGUAUGGAAAUAUUAGACAGACUGAGCUUCUGGUUUGGAACCACAGAGGGAAACUUAACUGUUGUCAUUUCUGAGGAAUGCAAAUAAAUAGAAAAGGCUUCAGUCUCGCAUUACGACCUGCCGUAACUGGGAUCAGGUGACCGGUGGUGGGUCUCCCAGACCAAUUAUCAGAAUCAGGUUUAAUAGCACCGGCAGAUCUUAUGUAAUUCGUUGUCUCUGCAGCAGCAAUAGAACCUAAUUCGUAACAAUAGAUUUUAACCAUUGUGAUUUAAAAUAAGAAUAUACAUAUUAAAUAGUUAAAUUAUAUAAGUAGUACAACAUAAACAUUUUAAAAAUGUAAUACUGUAAACUAUUUCAAUUGUGUGGAACUAUUUGACUGAAUGGGUUGCUGCUUUGGAAAUUCUGGAGUGAAGCUGAACUAAACUGUACAUAUUUAUGAAAAGCUCAGAUAAAUACAAAAGGCUAAAUUCUCACAUAAAUGGGUCAGACAUCCAGAAACAUUGGCUGCACUUCAGCAGGUAAAAACGGUGGAAUGAGGCCUAGUCCCAGGCCUCAGCCCAGUGGUUAUGGGUAAAGGCCUGGGACGAGGUGAGAGUAAGCAUUCGGCACGGACUAGAAGGGCCGAGAUGGCCUGUUUCCCUGCUGUAAUUGUUAUGUGGUUAUAUGGAAACAUGCUGAAAAUAUUGCAGAGUAAAACAUUGUCCACCCACAACGAGAGGACGUGACAGGUCCGGAUUUCUGUGCCUUGUCUGAUCGGGCGAAAGAUGAAGCUACACGGACACAUACAGCAGUGACCGGCAGAUGCUGC